CGCGAUGAUAUGAAGGAUCAGUGGUUUAGCCGCUACGCUAACGUAAUUCUCUUUUUGUUUUGUUAAAAUGAAGUAUUGUUCUUUAUAUUACUAGAUGGUCACUGCAUAUCCUUGAAGAAACGUAAAUAAAUAUCGUUAACCGGCUGGAUUUAAGACUUUGAUUUUGACAGACUUUAUGACACAUUGACCGGGAAGUAAACAUUGUGCUGUUCAAAAUGUGCGCAAAUAGUUUUAGUUAGUUGAAAUGUUUAAUAAUUGGUGUUUUAUUAACGUUACGCUGUUGUUAUGGAGAUUUACGUUUGGUGAUGGAGUGGGAACAACUUGAGCUGAAUCCAAGGAUUAUUGCUGCUGUUAAAAAAGGCAAUUUUAGAACAGCCAAUGAGAUCCUGUGUGUCUCUGGUCCAGAUCUGCAGAGACUGACGCGCUUGUCAAAGGCUGAUGUCCAGCGUCUUCAUCAGGCGGUAGCGGCUUGUGUGCGCAAGUCCAAACCUGUCACAGCACUGCAGUUGAUCCAGGGAGAAUGUCCUGUUUUGGAGCCUGGACACCGGCUCUCUUUUGCCUGCCCUGUUCUGGACGGUCUAAUGCGCGGUGGUCUCCCAUUACGAGGAAUAACAGAACUGGCAGGCGAGAGUGCUGCUGGGAAAACUCAGUUUUGUUUGCAACUUUGCUUGUCUGUCCAGUUACCACAAGAACAUGGAGGACUGAAUUCAGGGGCUGUUUACAUUUGCACUGAGGAUUCUUUCCCUAUCAAACGACUACGGCAGCUCAUUACCCAGCAGCCCCGGCUCAGACCCGACCUGUCGCCAGCCCUGAUUCACAGUCUGCGUUUUAGUGACAACAUCUACAUCGAGCAUGCAGCUGACCUGGAGGCUCUGCAGGUUUGUGUGUCUCAGCGUGUGCCGGUGCUGCUGAAGCGAGGUCUAGUCAGACUGCUGGUGGUGGACUCUGUGGCAGCUCUGUUUCGCAGUGAGUUUCAGGCUGAUGAGGCUGUUCAGAGGUCUCGACACCUGCUGGCUUUUUCCAGUACGCUCCACCGCCUGAGUCACACAUACGCUGCACCUGUACUGUGUGUCAACCAGGUUACAGAUGUUGUUGACGGCCCAAAUCCAGGAAGAUGCGAUUAUGGGCUGGUGGGCAGUAAAGUGCUUCCUGCAUUGGGCAUCGCCUGGGCCAAUGAGGUGAUGGUGAGGCUGAUGCUCAGGAGGCUGGCAGGACAGGUCAAAUCAGACAGCCGAAGCUCUGCUCCUCGAAAAUUAGAAGUGGUUUUUGCCCCACACCUGCCUCGAUCAAGCUGCCUGUGUGGAGUUUGGGAGGAAGGGGUGAGAGGAAUCCCUGAUGGGGACUCAGAUAUCCAGACACAUUGAUUCAGCAGAUGGGAGAACUCUCUUUCACUACUAAGGGACAGUUACUAGAGGUAAAUUCUCACAACAUUUGUAAGGAAUUGUUGUAUUUUGUCAGAAAUUUAUGAGGAAUAGUUGCAUUUUUACCAUUUGAAACAAAUACGCAUUAUUUUCAAGUACGUUUGUAAUAUCAAAUAAGUUUUUUAUAAUAAUUUUAUUUUUUUUAAAUAUUGAUAUUAUGUCCUUUAAUAAAUGUUUUUUUUUUUUCAUGUUGUUAAAGGUUUUUAUUGUAUCUGCAAUAAGCGAAGUGAAUAAAGGGUGAUGGCUUUCUCACUGCUGCCCUUAAAGAGAACAAACUGUUUUAUUUUUUUAUCUGAAAAUAAAUCUUAAAUUACAGAUAAUAUAAGUACAAGUCUCACAUUUUAAGCAGAAAAACAAAUUAAGCCUUUUUCCUUAAAAAAAAUGAGGCUACAAAACAGUCUUUGUCCCAUGCUGUGCCCAAUAGGUUCAUGUAACAAUGUAAAAUUGAUUUAAUGUGACAGAUGACCUUUCAAUCAGACUGAUCUAUUUGGGCAAGUUCAAACAAUGG